AUGACCAAAGACCAACCUCCUGUGCUGGUGAUCGGGGCCGGGCCCGUCGGGUGUUUUAUCGCAUAUCGACUUGGGAAGGCAGGAAUCCCAGUCAGAAUCUUCGAGAAAGAGUCCGCUAUUCCGUAUUCUCCACGGGCUGUUGGAUACUACGGCGCAACUCAAGUGGCGUUUCAAGACUGUGAACUAUACGAUCUUGUUCGGGCCGAAGGGUUCAUGACGGCUGGCUUAUGCUGGCGUACACUCCCCAUCAAUGACGACCGAGGCGGGAAGCGUCUGGGCGACAUGAUUGCUGCACAACCUCUCUGUGACCCCGAUGAUCCGGCCAAGGCCUGUCCAUCCGGCCUCCUCAACCUCCGCCAGUCAGAGCUCACAAAGCUGGUCCUACAAGAGGCGCUGAAGACGGGUAAUGUGAGGGUUCAGUUCAAUAGUGAACUAUCGAGCAUCACGGAGACGGAGAACGGCGUCACGAUCGAUUUCGAGAACAAGGAGCUCCCGCUCGUGACUGGUUGUUAUCUGGUUGGUGCAGAUGGCGGCAGAUCGAAGACGCGGAAACUCCUUGGUUUGCCUUGUCUGGGAUAUACCUGGCCUGAGAGGUUGAUCUCAACAGACGUCGUUGUUGAGAACGAUGUUGAUCCGGUCUUUCAUACGUGCUAUAUCAUCGGGACCGAGAACUACACCAUCAUGACUCCUCUCGCAGACCCUGUGAUCGGGGCAAAGAGUCUUUGGAGAUGCACCAUCGCUAUUCCCCCGGAGGACCAACGGCCGGAUGAAGAAUUGCUUCAAGAAGACGUCAUUCGGGGGUUCUACGAACAAGUGAUCUCCGGUCCUCGGCCACUUUCAGCUGAUAUCACGGCGAAGACAAUAUAUCGUAUUCAUCAAAGAUUGGUUCCAAACAUGCGGAAAGGGCGAUGUGUUUUGGCCGGUGAUGCGGCACACAUGAAUAACGUGAGCCAAUCCAACUCCUUGUCUGGAAUUUGUACGUCAUUGAAACUAAUCCGUUGCAGCCGUAUGGAGCGAUGGGGCUGA